CACACACAACCACGCGCACACACACACGCGCACAAACACUCACUGACUCGGCAGUAGAGAGUGCAGAGUGGGAUAAGCGAGCGAGAGAGAGGGAGAGAGAGAGGGAGCGAGAGAAAGAGAGCGAGAGAGAGCCAGCGAGAGAGAGUAUCGGAACGUAGCGACUUGUGCGUGCGUGUGCGUGCGUGUGUGAGUGUGUGUGCGUGUAGGUGCGCACACGCUCGCUAGGCGGUAGAAACGACUGACGGGGCGGACAUGGAGGGACUCGGGAAAAACGCUGGGAAGUGACCGAGCACCGACUCGAAGAGGGGGACUGAGAAAGCGAGGACGGACGGAUAUACGCGAGGAAGGAAGGAAGGAAGCUGGCGAGAAAAGUCUGACAGAGGAGAGAAAGAGUGAAAAGCAACUCGUCUGGAACGCAGCAGGAUUCUAAGGAGUGAGCCCUGGGCUGGAUGGGACCCACCAUGCCUCCCAGUAAGAAGGCCCAGAGCCCCAGUAGUGGAGCCAGCGCUUCACAGGGCAUGAGCCCACCGUACCGACAAGGAGAUGCUGCAACAGCGGCAUCUGAGGCGGAGGCGGCAGACCUCUCCCUUUCUUUGUCCGCCUCCUUUUCCAAAGCUGAAGACGAGGAACUAACAAGUCUUUCCUGGCUCCAUGAGAGCACUGACCUACUCAACAGCUUCAGCCAUUCAGGGUUGCGUAGCGUUUCCCCUCUGCUGGACCCCGACGGUCAGCACCCCCGCUCGCCUUCUUCCACGUCGCCAUGCCCAGACGACCCCCUGCUGGGCGAUGCACACUCGGCGUACGACUUGGCGGCAGGGGCCAAUAGAAAACCACCAUACUCCUUCAGCUGCUUGAUCUUUAUGGCUAUUGAGGAUGCGCCAAACAAGAGACUGCCAGUAAAAGAUAUAUAUGGUUGGAUCCUUGAGCAUUUCCCUUAUUUUGCAAGCGCCCCUACAGGAUGGAAGAACUCUGUACGCCACAAUCUGUCACUAAACAAGUGCUUCAAGAAGGUGGAUAAAGACCGCAGUCAGAGCAUAGGAAAGGGAUCGCUAUGGUCAAUAGACCCCGAGUACAGGCAUAACCUGAUACAGGCACUCAAGAAAACACCGUACCAUCCCUACUCAGCAGGCCUGCCGCCUCCGUCCACUUCCCCACCAACUCUGUCACAGACAUUUCACCACAGUCCUCCAUUGUGGGCGGGGAGUCCCCUCUUCAGGAAGAAUGGCGGAGUCCUCCUACAAGUUCCUCGUAGUGUGAUUCAAAAUGGAGCCCGUGUCAGGAGCCAAGCUCUCUUCCCUGUUAUAAGACCUGUUCCUGUAAGCCCAGUUGGGACCAGAACUUCAGCCAUUAGAUCAUCCAUAGGAGACUAUCUAAAACGAGGCCAGGACAGCCCUUCCUGCUACUCUCCUCCACCCUGCAGUGAAGACCUUCAGGAAGACCACAAUUACAGCACCGCCAAAUCCCCGAGCAGGCUGGGCUCUUCCCAGGCCACGGCCCCUUCAUCUCCGACGCAAGACGACGACAUUAUCGCCGUGGAAAUACAAUCUGACGUCAAACCCGAGCCUCGGGAGAUCCCGCUGGAUUCUCACGUCGCGACCGCCGCCGCAACCUACCUUUCCCAGCAAACGCUUCGGGGACAGAGACGGAGCCUGGGGGCGGGACCCGGGACUCUGGCAGGGAGUAGCUUUGCAUGGACCAAAAACCGAGCGAGGGGCAUUAGCGACACGCUGCCGCUUAAGAAGCGGCGCGCGGUGGAAAAGCCGCCGGAGAGCGACGACGAGGAGAUGAAGGAGGCGGCGGGGUCGUUGCUCCACCUUGCCGGGGUCCGGGCUUGCCUCAACAACAUCACAAACCGCACCGCCAAGGGCCAGAAGGAGCAGAAAGAGACCCUGAGAAACUAAAAGACACGCAGUACAUAAUCAUGCCAACACACCGACACGUUAGCACGCCGACACAUACACAUUGUACAACACACAAAUAGAUCAACAGGUAACAUGUUUAGUCUCUAUGGACACUUAUCUCCCUCUAUCUAUCUGCAGGGCAUUAGGUGAAUCCUACUUUUUUGUGGCAAUAUCAAAAAUCUAUGUUUUCCUACAUGUUCAGCAACACUAAUGUGUACUUCUCAUGUGUCUUUUGUUGUUUUAGUUGUUUCAAAGGGGAUGAAAGCCAUAGUAAAGCAUUCAUUUGGACAAGUGGGCAAAAAAUGAAUCAGUACAAGGACAGAUAAUGGCUGUUUGUCUUGCGUAUUUGUUCGUUCACGUGCGUAACCUGUAGCAAUCUUGCAGUGAUGCCAGCAAAGGCGGCAGAGCCUUCAAGACUCGGGCGAGGGGAGGGGACUGGGGGGAGCCCCUCACUAGCAUCACUCUCCUUACAUCCACGAGCACAAAUGUGAGACUGUGCCAAAGAGAAGUGACCAGGUUGCUUCAUGUAGCCAAUAUGACAGCUGAAAAAAUAUAUAUUCUAAAACAAAAAUGGGCAAAAAAAAUAAUAAUAAACCCGAAGGCAACGGUAGUUAAGCUUGACGAUAACGACCUUAAGUGUCAAAAUAAUUGUAAAACCCAAUGUGAUAUAUAUUCAUGCACUUGAUAUUAUUUUACGCCACUUAUAGUAAAGCAACAUGGUUUAUUUCAAGAGCACUCAUAGUAUUUAAGAAUAGAUAUAUUAAAAUAUUCUAAAAAAAUAAUAAUAAUAAUCUCAUGUUUCUCACCAUAGAGACGGAUAGUGUGCCGGGGGUGAGGCAAUAUCGCCUUCAUUUUGUUGUCGUUGUUGCAUCAUCUAAACGUCCCCGAAACUUUAACCAGUACUUCCUGUCCCGAGACGCUCGGAAAAGACAUUGUAGCUUCCCAUGGCUACCAUAUUCAUCUGAAAAUGUCCAAGAACUAUAUACACAAACUGUGUCAAGGGUUAUGUUUGUGUCUGUUUCCUCCUCACUCUACCCUCAAAGAUAUAAGCAAUUUGUCCCGCGCAGGCAACUCUGUAAAAAGUGAGAAAAUAUUUUAUUUUUUUUCCUUUCUUAAUUGAAGCAAUUUGACCUGCAGGACUUUCUCAGUUAUAUUGCAUGGGUGCUUGUAAAUAAGAUAAAAAGCAAAUCUUUUUUAUUCAAAGAACAUGUAAGAUAAACAAUGUAUUUAGCAUGAAGCAUGACUUAUUUUCAUAUAAACCUUGAUCCUAGAGGAAAGAAAAAAAAAUGUUUUGCGCCAAUUCUUAAACCUGUGAAUUUAUUGGAUUUGCUUUUUUUAUUUGAAUCCUUUUUGGGUUCUUGAGCGGACUUUCAAAGACACACCUUCAGGGAGCAACGCGGGGUCGGAGGGUGCCACCUCGAAAUGUUGGUUGCGGCUCGCAGGGGUGGGCUAUUUGUCUUCUUCUGCUCAUGCAGUGGUUUAGGACUUUAGGUGAUCAGUGUUAACCCCGGUGUUAUCCACAACUCAUCUGUGGUGUGUGUGAGUGUGUACGCACGCGUGUCCAAGCGUCAUCGUUGUGCCUGCCUGCCCUCAGUACCUCUGUUGUCAUGUCUCGGACAUAUGUUAACAAACAAUUCUUUGUUUAACAUAAAGUAUUGGGAGUUUUUUUUUUUUUUUUGUACCCUCCUGUGUGCGUGUGUGUGCGCGCGUGUAUUGUUUCCAUCAGCUUUGUUUUGUGAAAAUGUACCAAACAGAUGGACAUGUUGUCUGUGUUCUAAUAGAACGUCAUAUGUCGACAUACAAAGGCUACUUGGAGAAGUAUGAAAGAGAAUUGGGAAUGCACUCAAUGGCAUAGUACACAAAGCUGUACAGUUAAGCCCAGAGGUAUUCAUACCUUGGCUCCGUUUAUCUAGAUGCAAGCAUACCUUUGUGUUUUUAAUGACCAGGCUUUUUGAUUAUACUCGAAGGAUUAGUGAGAAUCGUGCAUAAGAUUGCUUUGGGGUACUGUAUGUAACGUAUUUUCCGCACAAUAAGGCGCACCGAAAAGCCCUCCAUUUUCUCAAAGCCAACAGUGCGCCUUAUAAUCAGAUGCGCCAUAUACUGUAUGUGGAUCAGUAUUGGUAAAUCAUGACAUAACAUUCCCCUUAGCGUAGCUCCAUCUAGUGGAUUCUUAAAGCUACAGUGGUAUGAAAAAGUAUCUGAACAAAUCAAAGCUGAUCUGAUGUUUGUCAAAAUCACACAGAUGAAAAUACAGUGUCUGCUUUAACUAAAACCACCCAAACAUUUAUAGGUUUUCAUAGUUUAAUGAGGAUAGCAUGCAAACAAUGACAGAAGGGGGGAAAAUAAGUAAGUGAACCGUCUGCCUAAGGAGAAUUUGGAGAAAUUGUAACCAAUUUUUACCAAACAUUUUAAGUCAGGUGUGUGCCCUAGUUGUUUAAAGCUUCCAUGCCCACUAUAAAACACACACCUGCCAAGAAUUGUCUUGAUGAGAAGCAUUGUCCAGUGUGCAUCAUGGCUCGGUCAAAAGCGCUGUCUGAAGACCUGCGAUCAAGGAUUGUUGAUUUGUAUGAAGCUGGGAAAGGAUACAAAACCAUCUCUAAAAGUCUGGAUAUUUAUCAAUCAACAGUCAGAGAAGUUGUCUACAAAUGGAGAGAGUUAGGCACUGUUGCUUCCCUCCCAAGGAGUGGCCGUCCACCAAAGAUGAUGCCAAGAGUUCAGCGCAGAAUACUCAGAAGGGGUUAAAAAAAGAACCCUAGAAUUUCUGCUAUAAGCUUAAAGAAAUCACUGGCACAGUCCAAUAUCUCUGUGCACACAUAAACUAUACUGUAUUUAAAACUAUGGCCAAGAAUGGUGUUCAUGGGAGGACUCCACAGAAGGAAGCCAUUGCUGCCCAAAAAAAAAACAUUGUUGCUCCUUUUAAUGUUCGUAAAAAGGCACUUGGACACUCCAAAGAGGUUUUGUUUAAAUACUUUUUUAUAAUAUGGAACAGCUCACCAACAUCAACACCUCAUCCCCACCGUGACGCGUUGUGGAGGGAUUUGUGGCUGUUUUGCUGCUUUGCUGCCUGGACAACUUGCAAUCAUUAAUGGAUGAAUUUGAAAGUUUAUCUGGAGGGUUUACAAGAAAACCCGAGGCCGUCUGUCAGAAAGUUGAAGCUAAAAAGAGGAUGGAUGCUGCAACAAGACAAUGAUCCAAAACACAGAAUUGAAUCAACUUCAGAAUGAUUUCAGAAGAACAAAAUGCAGGUUCUGGAGUGGCCAAGUCAAAGUCCAGACGUGAACCGCAUUGAGAUGCUGUAGUAUGACCUAAAGACAACGAUUCAUGCCAGACAUUCAGGAAUCUGACUGAACUACAGCAGUUUUGUAAAGAAGAAUGGGCCAAGAUUAGUCCUGAUCGAUGAGCCAGACUGAUCUGCUGCUACAGGAAGCGUCUCGUUGAAGUUAUUGCUGCCAAAGGGGGGGCACAAAAUAUUAAAUGUGGUAGUUCAUUUACUUAUUGUUCCCCCUCCUGUCAUUAUUUGCAUACUAUCCUCAUUCAAAUAUGAAAACGUAUAAAUGUUUGGGUGGUUUUAGUUAAAGCAGACACUGUUUUUACAUCUGUGUGAUUUUGACAAAGAUCAGCUCACAUUUGAUGGUGAUUUAAUUCAGAAAUGUGAGAAAUUACAAAAGUUUGAGAUACUUUUUAAUACCACUGUACUACAACAACACAGUGACCCAAAAACAAGUUUUUAACAAUCCAAUAAAAUCAAGAGUGAUGGAAGAAAAUAUUAUAUUCAUAGUAAUUGGAACUUUAAAACAUGCUAAUUAGGAAAUAAUUGUGGAAUUUUCAAUUAAAAAUUAUUUGGUCGUCUCCUGCAUGAAUGCAUUCUUUAAAUCUGCUGUUGACCACUUUUAAAAAAAAAUUUAAAAAUUGUGGAAUUUUUCCGUAUCGGCAGACAUGAGCAAGUGGCAGUUACCUUGAGCAAGUAAACAAUGUGCCAUUUUAGUAACAAAGGUGAAAUCAGGAUGAAAUUCACGGUAUUCCAGCUCAGAUAAGGAAUCAAUGAGGCAUAGACUUCAUAAUAUAUUGACGGGACGCGGGGCGGAUUCAUAGGGGGUCUAUCUUCGUCUGAGCUGACCGAGUGGAAACACAAAGAGCUUUUUACGAUUAACAUUCUUGUGAAAAAAUGCUUACAUCCCUGAAUUCUUUAUAGAUAUGGACGUAAAACAGUUGAUUCUUGGUUAAAAGCAAAAAAACGGGCAGUUAGCAUUUAUUUUACGUAAAUUUGUUGAAUAUGAUGCUACUCUUUAAGCCAAUGUGGCGGCCGCCUUAGCACCACAAAGAGCUUUUUACGAUGAAAAUUAUUGUGAAUAAAUACUUAAAUCCCUGAAUUCUUCUUAGAUAUGGACGUACUACUGUCUCGAUUCUUGGUUAGAAGCAAAAAACCGGGCAGUUAGCAUUCGUUUUACAUAAAUAUUGCCAAGUAGGACGCCAAUACUGUAGCGACUAAUUUCUCCCAUUGUUUUUUUUUUACGUUUCAAAAUGCAUGCAUGGUAUAAAAAAUAGAAUAACGUAUUGGCCCAAAUAUAAGACGGCCCUGAUUACAAGACGGCCCCCUCUUUUUCAAGACUCAAGUUUGAAAACAGAUUUUUUGAACACCAAAUUAAUUUUUAUACAGAAAAUAAUUACAGUACCCAAAUACAGUACAGUAGCCAAAUGAUUAUAACAAUAUAUUUCAGAGAAAAAACAUGUUAUUUUGCCUCAUUCAAAUCUUAAUAUCUGAACAUUUAAAUAUGUAAACUGAAGUGCAAUCACAUUCGUAAAUGAAUGGCUUCUGGUUUUUGAAAUGUAAAUAAACCAAUCUAUUGUGAUAAAACAACAACGUUGCAAUAACUGCCCAUCUAACCAUCAAAGUGAAGUCUAACUAACUGUAGUCUUGAAAGAAAUCUGAAUAAGGAAAAACAUUGCAAUAAAAUAAUGCAAACUGGUUAAACUUGAGAGCAGCUGAGAUCUGUCAUGACAGAACAUCGCCUCAGUGAUAUCUGGCGCCAUCUAGCGUCGCGAAUGGGUAUAACAUCUAGACCGUGAAUAUAAGCCGACCCCCACUUUUUCAGUCUUAUUUCAAUGCAAAAAACACAGUCUUAUAUUCGGUCCAAUACGGUAAUUACCUUGAAUCCUCGAACAACUCACUCCUGAGACAAUCCUUCCGUUUGUAUGCGGUACAGCUUUCGUACUUUUUUAACCUAAAUCCGGCGUUGGAUCGCUGCGUUCGUAUUUGAGAAUAACUCCUCUUGAUGCUCGGUGUGGUCAGGCCCCCUACUCGUAGGCGUAGCGCAGUGUCAGAGCCCCGUAUCCCGUCAAUAUAUAUAUAUGAAGUCUAUGAAUGAGGAAUUAGCAAAAUAGCAGAUUUCAAGAGUGCAUUCCUAUAGGAGGACGCCUUUUAGAAAUCGUCAUUUUUAAAAAGUGAAAAUUCCAUUAUUUUUUUCCUUAAUGCCAUGUUUUAAGGUUUCAAUUCCUAUUUAGUUUUUGUUUCUUCCAUCACUCUUGGUUUUAUUGGAUUGAAAGUUCCUGUUU